CUCAGCCUGAUACAGCCUCUCCGCGGUCCGCCAGGUAACGCUGUACACCCAAACCCCACCCAGUGAUGUGCCCACAAGCACAUACUCCCCCCUCGGGGAGAAGGUAAGAGCGGUAACCCCACCAACAAGACCCCUCAUCCUCCCAAACCCCAGCCGCGAAAGCCCAACCCUCUGCGACUUUGCACAGACUUUGUCCGGAUCCCUCAGUAACCUCUGGGUCCCCGGCGAAGCCCUAGUCUUGAAGAAAUCGUGCGAGCCAAACAUCCCCGACUGUUUGAAUGGCGUCGGGGAUUCCCGGAAAUCAUAGGGCGUGCGAAAUAAAGAAUAAAUCCCAUUGCCAUAUGAGCCCGGGGCAGCGGUGGAAUUCGACAGGUCAACGUACCAGAGGUCGAAGUAUCCAGAGUCCAAUCCCACCGCGAGGGAAUUGGUGCUCCCGCCGCCGAAGGCCAGCCCAGUUAUCCCCACAAAUUCCGGAGACUGCGGAUCGGUGGUAUUGCAUGCGCAGAGGUAGUGCGGGAGGAACACGUUAGUCUUCAUGUCGAAGAAGUGAACCCUGGAGAACGACGUUGCGAGCGCCAUCACGCUCGCAGAGCGGUGAAAGGCGAUGUGCGUUAUCUUCUCCCCUUCUGAUUCGUGCCCAUCUCCGCAUCCUGACCCGGAUUCACCGUUUUCAAAUAACCCCUCUCCCCGCUCCUCCGGAGCAUCUCCGACAGCGGCAGUCCGGUAAGAGUAAUUGUAUGAACCCGCCAUAAUUUCCGCACCUCCUUUGACGGCCCUCCACAUGGCAUCUUUGGUCCCCCGGACAACAAUAUCAAAUGGCACAUCCCUAAGGUCAUCCACCAUCACCCUCUUAGACUCCCUCAACACUACCGCCGGGAAAGCGAAUACACUUGCUAGGCUCCAACUAGCCGUAGCAGUAGUGCCCCCCUUCCUCCUCAACUCAGCUUCCACAGGAUGUUCCUUCGCUAGAUACGCCCUCCUCUCUUCAUACUUCGGAGGAAACGCAUCAAGGGAAAUGAACGGGGACGGCAAACGGAUGUUGGCAUUAUCGACUGACAGGGGAUCUUUUUGA